AUGUUAUGUGAAAUUAAUGAAGCUUUUAUCCAUAACUCCUGCAAGAAAACAGCUCAACUUGCUAAGGUUAUAGAAGUGAUGAAUGGAAAAGCUUUUGACUAUGGGAUUGAGAUGAAAAAUCUCAACACUGUUCAUAAUGACGAAAUACAAAGAAUUGUUAAUGAUUUUAUUGAUACAUCAAACAAAAUUUAUGACGAUUUAGUUGACUUUAGAAAAUUAAUCAUCAAUAAUGCAUGCGACGACUACGGAAAUAGAUAUAAAAAGAUAAAAUUAGAUUAUUCGGACUUAAUAAGAAACGCAAUCGAGCAAUAUAACAACAUACGUCUUCAAAACAAAGAUCUAAAACAGCAUAUGGCAGAUUUGCAACAAAAUAUCAAUUUUUCAUUUUCAAAUUUUACAGAAAAACAACUAAAAAUAUUAGAAUCUAUUAAAAAACAGAACGACAGUUGCAGGAGAGACAUAACUAGAUCAUUAAUUAUACGAGAAAGAGAAUACAAAGACAAAGAAAACAAAAUAAUUUCUCAAUUUAAACAAGAUAUUGCACAAAUUACAAAAGAGAACGGUGAUAUCAUCAAUAAACUACAACAGCAAAUCAAGAAGAUGGUAGGAAUUGAAAUUUUAAAGAGAAUUUCAGAAUUUAAUAAAUAUAAAACGGAAAUUGCAGAAAUUAAAGCAAUUACGAAGCAGAUCCGACAAGAACAUACCAAUGUUAUUAAGCAAUUCAAGAAUUUACAAGCCAAUUUUCAGUUUCAUCGCAAUAAUUUUUUAAAUGAAAUAAAAAAUGCAAUAAAACCAAUAAACAAAGACCAACAAAGUGUGAAACGAAACAUGAUGCUCGAGAACAAGUCCCACAGCCUUGAUAUCCAAAUACAAACCAAAAAAUUGAACGAAAAAAGAAAUUUUCAUGAAAAAGAAAUUUUUCAGUUACAAAACCAAUUAAACGAUAUUCGACAAAAACAACAAAUUUCUGCAAAUUCUUUCGAAUCAAAUCAGCAGAAAAAGUCGAAUAUGAGCGAAUCUAAAAGAAUUGCGUUGAAACAACAAUACGAUGAGACAAUCUCCACGAUAACAAUGUUAAAUGAAGAGGCAAGGUCUAAAAUCAAUGGUUAUCAGCUGAUUUCGGAUAAAAUUUUCAAAAAAAUUGGAUCAAAUACAAAUGACAACCUUGAUAUCGUUUUAGACCAAAAGGAAUCGUUUAUAUCAAGCCUGGAUAGCAUGGAAAACAAGUUCCGAAAGAGAUAUGAAGCAGAAGAAAAAGGAUUUAAAAUUUUAAUCACAAAAAAAGAGGAACAGUUCAAAAAUUUCGUUGCCAAUCAAAUCAUUACUAUCAACAAAAACAUAAAAAAGCAGAAAGAACUCAAUGAAAUCUCAAUUAAAAUGAUUCGUCAACAAGAUUCGCAAAAUAAACUAGCUAGAGAUAAAAUGGAGAGCCAGGACACAAAUAUAAAAGAAUUACUAGUGAAAAAUGAACCAGAAAUGGAAGAAAGAAGAAAAAAUCUUGAAAAUAAAAUUAAAAUUUUCAAAUCUGAGCUAGAAAACAAAGCAAUAUUAGUCAAGAACCAUUUCGAUAGUGAUCUUAAUGAGAAAGUAACCAGUAUCAAAGAGAAAAAUCGUAUUGAACUUGAAAAUUUGGAAUUUAAUUUUGAUUCUGAGCUAAAUUCUCAUAAAAACAAUGUUUCAAGGAUCGCCAAACUUCUUAAUGAUGAAAUAGCUAAGGUUGACCAGUCAAAAACCUUUGCAUCCCGUAAAAUCGAGGCUUUGGACUCUCAAAUUUCAAAAAUUACCAAAGAAAUCCGAAAAUUGAAUAGACAAAAAAUUUCUGAAGAAAAUGAUAUUACAAACUCGUUCCAAAUGCAAAUACAGGUUGAGCAAGUACCAUUAAACACAAAAAUAGAUCAGUUAUCCAAACUUUACACUGAUGAAGAGAAUUUGAAAGGAAUUGAAAUAAUUGACUCGAUAAGGAAGCUCAGAAUGACACAGAACAAGAACAGAGACAUCAUUAAUAACCAUGAAAAGGAACUACAGGAUUUAAAAACGAAGUUUUCACAAGAAAUCCAAAAAAUGAAAGAAAAUUUGGAAAAAAUCAAAGGAAAUUACUUCGAAAACGAACUUAUUGAGAAACUUAAAGACAAAGAGAAGGAAGCAGAACUAAAAAUUAAGAAUUAUGAAGAAGAAACUGAAAAUAUUUUAAAUUCUCUGAAAUCUAAGAUAGAAACCACAAAAAUACAGAUUGAAGAACAGAAGAAACAAAUAACAGACCAAAUUGAACAAUAUUCAAAGCCUAUUGACCCUUUUGUUUUAGAAAAACCAGAUAAUUCCGAAAUAUUAGAAAAAAUUUCCUCAAAGAAAGAAGAAAUCAUCAAAGAAUUUAAUGUUAAGAAACAAUAUGUUGAGAAACAACUAGAAAUAACUCAAAAUGAACAAAAUGAGUUAAUAUCAAAUUUAAAUCAGUUAUUUGACAAAGAACAACAAAAAAUAAGUGAUGAACUGAAAGAAAUGGAUACUGAAAUAUCUAAAAACUUAGUUCCUGUGAAAGAAAAUGCGAAAAAUAAUAUUUUAGAAAUAGAUUCAAGAAUUUCUGCAGCAGAUACAAAAGAACUUGAUUACAUAAUGCGUUUAUUUGAUCCACAAACCAGAAUAGAAGAGAAACUGCAAAUUUCAGCUGAAAAAACAAAAUCUAAUGAAAAAUUAGAGAAAAUUACUGAAGAAUUCAUAAGUUUUAUUGAUUUCUUAUCAGAUGAUAAACCAAAGAAGAUCGUAGAACCUCCUCCAUCAACAAGAGUUACUUCCAGCCGAAGAAGAAAAUCUCAUAGUUCAAAAUAA